GACACGAAGGUUCGUCAAUAUUCCGGAUUUCAAAGACUCUGCGGGAACUCUGGAAGAGCGGCGUGCCUUUUUGGGUUACUUUUAUCUGAGUUCAGUGUAUGUUCCGACCAGUGACCAAACGGUGCCAUAUUAACAUAUCCAAAUUCUGUGGGUUCUGCCGUCGACUAGAUAUUGUCCCCUGGACGCCAUAUCUCGAGGAGUCUUGCCGAAUCUUGAACUCAUCAGGAAGACCCCGGCAGGAUAAAUCUGCGGUAAUGUUGGCCAGGAUUCAAAUGGUUGCACAAAGAUUGGGCCAGAAUCCCUGGGAAGGCAGGCAAGAUUUUACGGGAAAUGCACCGCCUCCUUUGCUAUAUUUAAAGUCAUUACAAAACCAGAUCCAACAACUGAGGGAACAAUUAGAUCCCGUGCUAGAGGGAGAAGCUAUCAUCCUCUGGACCCACCACAAUGCGGAAGUCUUGUCCCAGAAAAUGGGCCUUUCACAGUCACCAGCGGUGUCGAAGUUUCCAGACCGCGAUUUCAAUCGUUUGCAAUAUCUUUGUGCUUGUCUAGCAGCAGUCAAGUCCCUCCUCGAUAUCCUUUCGGCCACACCAGCGUCAAGAUAUCACACAUUAACAGUGCCAAUGGUCCUGCAAACCAUUUGGAAUAUCGGGACUCUUCAACUGUUGUCGACUUUUGAGCACCCAGACGGGAAUGUGGCAGUUGUCAAUGAAGCGAUGAAUUUUCUUGCCUUCUUGAAAAAUUUGGCGGAUACUAUGAGUAUGGUGAAGAGCGCUGCAGGAUAUGAUUCUCAUACCAGCGAAGGCCUUGAUUUCUGGUCUUUGAGCGUGAAAGGCAUGACACUGGUGCAGGGCUACUUCGAGGGAACGGUCCCCUACCCCGAGAAUGACCCUGGAGGUCCUUCUAGACAAGAUCAUCGGGAUAUCGAGACUACGAAUUUUUCAACCUUUCCUCAAGGUGUGGAGCUUAUGGACUUCAUGGACGAUGUCUGGAUGGAACCAUCUGACUACCAGAGAUGGUGAAAGAGUAUUGAAUGUUGGCGAUUGAGCGGAAAACGUCCGUCCCGUCCCUUCACUCUUGGCCGGGUGUCAGACACAGAUCCGUGCCUCUUCGAGGUUCGAGGGUAGAGAAGUGAGAGACGCUGCGUUACGCUGAACCAAUGUCUUGAGAUUUUCUCGGCCUCCGAUCCUCCCUCGAGUUGCUUGGCUCCAGUCUCCUCUCUGGAGUCUCCUGGCGGACAAAAAUGGCGGAUAAAAUUAGGCGACCCCCUCCAAAGGUUCUGUGGGAUUCAGAGGCUGGUUUCUGUAAGCGAAUAAAAUACAAGCAAGGAAAGUUAAGGUGUUGCUCGAGCCGACUGGGAUCAGCAUUGCA